AUGGUGACGCUUCUGAAGUCUGCCGAUGACUCGGGGUGUGCAUUUGAGAAGUCUGCGGAGGUGCGGAAAGGGAGAGUGAGUUGGUUUCGCACGCCGGACUACUGCUCGGAGCUGGGCCAGUGGCCACAAGGCUCCCCUGCAGGCCAGGCCUUCCUUACGGAGCGGGGAGUUUGGCAGCAUCACUGUCCACACCUCCCUACCAAGAUUUAUGAUAAAACAGAGAAACCAUGUUUUUUCUCCGAAUAUACCGGGAACUACCCUCUCUAUCACUCUUACCUGCCCAGAGAGUCCUUCAAGCCCAAGCUGGAGUACCAGAAAGGGUGCACGCCAAUGGAAGGCCUGACCACAUCGAGGAGAGAUUUUGGGCCUCACAAGGUGUUACCGGUGAAGAUCCACCAGCCCGACCCGUUUGUCCCAAGUGGAGAGACUAUGGAUCUGCUCACGUCGUAUAAACAAGAUUACAACCCAUACCCUGUCAGUCGAGUGGACCCCAUCAAACCUCGGGACAGUAAAUAUCCAUGCGGGGACAAGAUGGAGUGUCUGCCUACUUAUAAAGCUGAUUAUUUACCCUGGAACCAACCAAGACGAGAACUGCUUCGUCUGCCACGCAACUACCGGCCGGCGUCAACCAAGUUUGAUAGCCGAACCACACACCAGGAUGACUACUCCAUGAAGGGCCUGGUGAACACCAUGAGCUGUAAGCCUCUGGCCGCACUCAAGCUCUGUAACAUCCCCCUGGAGGAUCUGACAAACUACAAGAUGAGCUACAUGGCCCACCCCAUGGAGAAACGCUAUGUGUAUGAGCCGGAGAAGUUCAGACCCUGUGAAAUCCCCAUUGAAAGCCUUACCACUCACAAUGAGUCAUACCGGGGCCUGAUGGGGGAGCCAGCCAAGAGCUUGAAACCUCCAGCCAGGCCUAGUGCACUAGACACGCCAUUCUCUAACACCACCGAAUUUCGAGAUAAGUACCAAGCUUGGCCAACGCCCCAGAUGUUCUCCAAAGCUCCCGCCACCUUUGUCGCUCCUGAAGAAAAGAUGGACCUUCUGACGACAGUGCGGGCCCACUACACGUACCCUAAGGGUGCCCCAGCUCAGUCCUGCCAACCGGUGCUCUCGGUCAAGAAGGGUGGCCGCUUUGAAAGCUCCACCACGACCAAAGAGGACUUUAAGCAGUGGGCCAGCAUGCAGACCGAGCCAGUCAAGCCCAUCCCCCAGCUGAACCUUCCCACCGAGCCCUUGGACUGCCUGACCACCACACGAGCCCACUAUGUGCCCUGCCCUCCCAUCACUACCAAAAGCUGUAAGCCCCCCUGGUCUGGCCCCCGAGGAGAUAUCCCUGUGGAGGGCCAGACCACAUAUACCAUCAGCUUUACUCCUAAGGAAAUGAGCAGGUGCCUGGCUUCAUACCCUGAGCUUCCCGGCUACAUCUUUGAGGAAACAGAUGCUUUGGGGCACAGAAUAUACAGGCCAGUUUCCCAGACAGGCUCUCGGCGGAGCAGCCGUCUUUCUGUAGGUGAUUCAGAAAAUCCUAACGAGCAGGAGUUGACAGUGUCAGCUUGA